AUGGACAUGGUGCUCACAGCCCGUCCUGGCCCCUCGGUGUCAGCAGACCCACUGAAAGUCCUGGACCCCCAAGUGCCAAUCCUCCUCUGCCACAGGGUCCCCAGCAACAUUGUCACCUGCUGGCAGGAGGAGGAGGACCUGGUGGCCGUGGCACAGCUGGUCCCAGAGCUUCUCCAUCCAUGGGUUGGCUCCUUGGCCAUGGGCAUGAUUUUCUUCUGCUCUCCCAUCGUCAGCAUCUUCACCGACCGGCUUGGCUGCAGGACCACGGCGGCCUCGGGAGCUGCCAUCGCCUUCGUUGGACUCCUCUCCAGCUCCUUCACCAAGUCUCUGGAAGUUCGUUAUUUCACCUACGGGAUCCUCUUUGGCUGCGGGAGCUCUUUCGCCUUCCAACCAUCGCUGGUCAUCCUGGGUCACUACUUCAAGCGCCGCCUUGGCUUGGCCAACGGCAUCGUGGCUGGGGGCAGCUGCCUCAUCUCCGUGCCGCUCCCCUUCUUCCUCAAGAUGGUGGGCAAGGCCAUUGGGUUGGCACACACUUUCCAAGUACUCAGUGCCUUAAUGUUCAUCCAGAUCUUCUUGUCCCUGACCUACCGGCCCAUCCUGAGGCCCUCGUGUGACUCUCAGCAGAAGAGGCAGGAGAAGCUGGGCAGCCGGAGCGUGCGGCAGCAGUGCUGGGCCCAGCUCCGCAAGUAUUUCAACUUGAGGGUUUUCCGGAGAAAGACCUAUCGGAUUUGGGCCUUCGGGAUCGCCACGGCUGUCCUGGGGUAUCUUGUACCUUACAUGAACCUGGUAAGAGCCUUGGCUGGGGCUGGAAGAGGAGGAGUUCACCCAGAAUGA